AUGAGUGCUGAAGGGGAGAAGAAGGCCAGGACGUCCGGGGAGCAUUCGCCGGUUGUUUUUUCGCCGGCGUCCACCUCCACGUCUACGUCCUCGACCGGUCCUGUCUUACCGACGACUAAUCCGGCUACGACGCCUGAACCGGCACCGGCUGGGUUGCAUCCUGUGUUCUAUAUUAUUGCGUGGAUUACGCUGAGUUCAAGUGUUAUUCUUUUCAAUAAGAAACUCCUUGAUAGCAAGGAGAAUAUCUUUCCGGUCCUACUUACAACAUGGCAUAUGGCCUUUGCUACCCUGAUGACUCAAAUCCUCGCCCGAACCACCACUUUCCUCGAUGGCCGCAAGAAGGUCAAGAUGACAGGCAGAGUCUACCUCCGCGCCAUCCUCCCCAUCGGCUUCUUUUUCAGCCUGAGUCUGAUCUGCGGUAACAAGACAUACAUGUACCUCAGCGUGGCCUUUAUCCAGAUGCUCAAGGCAACAACUCCAGUGGUAACCCUCCUAGCAACCUGGGCCUUAGGCCUCGCUCCACCCAACAUGAAAACCCUCUUCAACGUCUCCUUCAUCGUCAUCGGUGUUGUCAUCGCAACCUUUGGUGAAAUCCAAUUUGUCAUGAUCGGCUUCAUUUUCCAGCUUGGCGGGUUGGUUUUCGAAGCCAUCCGUCUCGUCAUGGUUCAGCGCCUUCUUAGCUCAUCAGAGUUCAAGAUGGACCCACUCGUUUCCCUGUAUUAUUUCGCUCCCAUCUGUGCGGUCAUGAACGGUAUUGUCUCGCUGUUUUUGGAGGUGCCUGAUCUGGCGCUUGAGCAUAUCUAUAGGGCUGGUGUGAUUACAUUGAUUAUGAAUGCCCUGGUGGCAUUUUUGCUAAAUGUUUCUGUUGUGUUUCUGAUCGGCAAAACCUCUUCCCUAGUCCUAACCCUCUGCGGCGUCCUCAAAGACGUCCUCCUAGUCUCCAUCUCAGCCGCCUACUGGAAAACCCCCGUAACCCCCCUCCAACUCUUCGGCUACAGCAUCGCCCUGGGCGGAAUGGUCUACUACAAGCUCGGCGCAGAUAAGGUCAAGGAAUACGCCAGCCAGGCCAACCGGUCCUGGGCUGAGUAUGGCAGCGCUAAACCCGUCCAGCGGAGGCUGGUGGUUAUUGCGGGCUCGGUGUUGUUUGUUGUGCUUGUGUUGGUGGUUAUGGCGUCGCCUGGUGGGAUUGCGUUGGGGGCUAUGAGAGGCUAG